AUGGCGGCUGAGAGGGUUAUUUGUGACUGUGCUUCAGAGCCUCCUCGAUUAAGUCCUAACACAGGUUCCUUCCCAGAUGCUGACGUUUAUGCUCCGAGGCAAAGGCAGCACUCGCAGGUGGAAGGAGAUCUCCAGAUUUGCAGGCCGAGUUGCUUCUCAGCUGUGGGCGGGUGUGGUGACAGCACCCCAGUGAGGAGAGUCUUCCCCUCCCAGCCCCAGCUCUUCUUCCCUUGCUCGCGACCCGUGGGCCCCUUGCUGAGCUCCGCACCCAGCUCCCUGGCUCAGCAUCUAUUCCCUCGCGCCGGCUACAGGAGCGUGGACUGCGCAGGCCCGGCACGAAGGCCCCCGCCCGGCCCCUGGUCCCCGGCGUCCCGCCCCCAGCCCGGGCCACGCCUCGCCACGUGCGGCCGCGGGCUGAUAAACGGCUUCCGCGCCCCGCGCGCCUCGUCGCAGUUAGCAGCAGCUCGAUUCGCGCUGGCUCUUCCUUUCGAUUCCCAAACCCCUCCAGUGAGCCCUCCGUCCAUGGAGGGGGAAGAAACGUUCCUGGAGCUCUUCCUGGCCCGGUGCGCCACCCAGCUUGAAGAAGUCACAGAAACAUCUGGCAAUUUCUCAUCUGUGGAUCUUAGCUUCCUACCAGAUGAGCUUACCCAAGAGAAUAAAGAACAGACUGUCAUUAGAAGCAAGCAUGAAACUGAAGAAAAUUGUAAAACUAAAAGUUGGCAAAGUAGGUUGCCAUUACCCAGCCAACAGGACGUUGACCUGGCCUUAAACAGCAGCAGUGGGUCAAAUUCCCAUUCACAUCUCCACCCUGGUGAUGCUGGUGAUGCUGACUCAGCCCAGCCCUCUCCUGAGAAACCACACUCCUUGCCUCUGGCAUCCAUAACUCCCAUGACGCCAGUGACCCCUGUUUCAGGAUGUUCUGGAAUUGUGCCUCAACUACAGAAUAUAGUUUCCACUGUAAACCUGGCCUGUAAAUUGGAUCUGAAGAAAAUAGCUUUGCAUGCAAAAAAUGCAGAAUAUAACCCAAAGAGGUUUGCCGCCGUCAUAAUGAGGAUCCGAGAGCCCAGGACUACAGCCCUGAUAUUUAGCUCUGGGAAAAUGGUCUGCACAGGAGCCAGGAGCGAAGAGCAGUCUCGACUUGCAGCAAGAAAGUAUGCUCGUGUGGUGCAGAAGCUGGGCUUUCCUGCCAGAUUCCUCGAUUUUAAAAUUCAGAACAUGGUUGGAAGCUGUGAUGUGAGAUUUCCUAUUAGGCUGGAAGGUUUGGUGCUAUCCCAUCAGCAGUUCAGUAGUUAUGAACCUGAACUGUUUCCUGGCCUUAUUUACAGAAUGGUAAAACCACGAAUUGUGUUGCUUAUCUUUGUAUCUGGAAAAGUUGUGUUGACAGGUGCCAAAGAACGUUCUGAGAUCUAUGAAGCAUUUGAAAACAUCUAUCCUAUUCUAAAGGGUUUUAAAAAAACCUGAGUAUAUCAUUCAACAUCUCACAGUAUGUUGGUUUGAAUAUGUGCAAAAGCCCAGCACAGAAACUGCUGGAUUAUAGAUAUUCGAUGCACAUUUUGACUUCAGUUAUUAAAGUGUGAUUCUGUAUGAGUAACCAUGCCUAAGAAAUGAAGAAACUUUUUU